AUGGCAAAAAACCACAUCAAACGAUCAGAUGGUAUCAACUGCCGCCGUCAAUACACAAAAGACGCAUUAAGUAGUAGUAACUUAUCAUCAAAUGAUUUAUAUCAACAAUGUGAAAUACUGAAGAAAACCAUACAGACAAUCAGUUUAAAUAAACCAGAAGCAUGGUAUUAUCGUCAACAACUAUUAGAAGCGUAUCAAAAGCUAAUAUUAUUUGAUCUUGAUUAUUCAUUGGACAAAAAAAUUGAACAUGAUUUAUGGAAUAUUGUAUUCAAAAGUCAAAUUAUAGAUAAACAAGAACAAAUAAAGGCGGACAAACGAAAUAUAAAACGGAAUGAAAUUCAAAGGAAUUUACAAUCGUUAUAUGAAUAUGCAAGAGGCUAUUAUAUGAAAUUACUCCAGAACGUUGUACAAUGUUAUAACUUCAACAUAACUAUAUGUAAACGUUAUAAUUUUAUAAAAGUUCCACAACGUUUAACAUCAACUGUCGGCACCGGUGAAAAUUUUAUUCGAAAAUGUAAAGAUGCAUCGCUAUUAUAUUUUAUUCAACAUAUAUUAGUGCACGUCGGUGAUUUUAAUCGUUAUUCAAAUCAAAUCGAUUUGGCUAAAAGUUUUUAUUUGAAUGCAAUUCAUAUCAUUCCAUGUUUUGGUCAACCUUAUAAUCAAAUUGGUAUUUUAUACGAAAUGAAAACAACAACAACAACCGCAUUCUCAUCAUCACUUGCGCAAAAUCAGUUGACAACAGCCUAUUACUAUGUUCGUAGUAUAGCAAUUAAAGUCACAUUUCCAUUGGCCAUAACAAAUUUAGAAAAAUUAUUUACGCGUUUAAAGGAUAUAUCCAUACAGCAUUACGCAAAUGAGCAAAAAUUGAAUGAAAAAGAGUUCAUAACAUUAUUUUUACAAAUAAUUGCCAUGAUUAAUCUAGAACAUAAUUUAGAUAAAGUAAAAUUGUUUAUAGAUAUAUUAAAAUCGACAAUGAUCGAUACAUUAUCAUCGUCAACAUCGAAUUUUGAUCGAAUAAGUUUAUGUCAAAUGGUUGUCAUUGUUAUGUUUACAUUUCAUCGUGCAUUAGAUCUAUUACCAUUGCCAACCACUCAACAAUCACAACAGGAUGAUGGAAUAACAUCGACAUCAACAAUACGCUCAUACUUAAAAUCGACACAACAAGAAAAACAAUAUGAUUUGACAAUGACAUUAUUUGUGACGAUUAUUGAACAAUGUUUAGAAGCAAUACAUUUACCAUUGUCAUUGAUGGUUAUUGAUGAACAUCAUUUGUUACCAGCUCUCUAUCUUUCAUUUGCUUAUCUAACAUCGAUAGAUAAACAAAAAUUAAUAGCAAUAAAAAAUGACAACAAUGUAUUUGCACAUCCGAUAUUUAAACAAAAAAUUACAUUUUGGACCAAUCUAGCAAAGUUAUUAAGAUCAUUUGGAGUUUAUGCAUCAAGUUUAAAUACUAACAAGGGAGUACCGUUACAAAAUGCUGAUGUUACAAACGCUUCUCCAGCAACAACAAAUAUCACGUCGUCAUUAUUUAACCGUUAUACAGAUUAUCCUCUGAAAGAAGAGCAAAUGUUAGAAUGUUUUUUACCAUUAAAAGAUUUACUUGUAGCAUAUUCAUUUAAAAAAUAUUCAAAUGAAGCAAUGUGUUUAAGUGAAAAAGAUGAACGACAAUUAAGAAAAUUACGUUUUGUUUACAUGAUAAAAUGUUUAUGUCAGAAUGGUUCUGUAAUGAUGAAUAAUCCAAUUCAAAAAACGUCAAUACUCUCGUCACAACAAUCGUUUGAACAUCUGAAAACAUUUAUCAAAGAUGAGAUCGGUAAUGCCAAAGACGUAGAUCCACGAUUAUACAAUCCUAAUAAAACAACAAAACCUGUUCGUGGAGCAAGAAAUGUAGCAUUACGUCAAUUUCUUGAGCCUGCCUUAGCAGCUGCUAUUGCAGCUUCUUCCACAACCUCAUCGGAAGCAGUUCCAGUGACAAAUACUGUUGCGAAAAAUGGAACGGCAACAGUGAACAAUGAGUCAACAACAUCAUCAAGUCCGUUAACACAGAACAAUAUUCCGCAGUUAAUGCAAAUAAAUACUGGGCUAGUGCAACACGGAGUUUCAGCUUUUCAUCAAUUAAAACCAGGUAGGUGGCUUCAUGUAUCUGGUGGGAAUGAUGACGCGUUACGCGUCAAAUGUGACUCUGUUCAGUCGUGGCCUCUACCACCACAAUCAUCAAGUGGUUAUUCAGGAAAUUCAAACUUUGAAUUGAUGUAUGGGACUAAUGUCGACAAAGAGCAACAACAUAAAAAAACAUUGCAGGAAGCACUUCGCUCUAACAUUUCACCGCCGAUGAUAAGGCAACAAAUGGAUAAUCGUCCACAAGAUUCCAGUAUGGGAAUAAAUCAAAAUAGAACGUUCUUUUAUAACGAAGAAAUGCAUACUAAUAUAUUGCAAUCUUAUGGUGAUAACAGCAAUAUGACUAUGCAUCAUAAUUCUGACGCUGAUAUUCAAACAAAUUUGUUUCCUCAGCAAAACCAAUCAUAUUUAGAUAAUGCUAUCCCAUCAUAUUCAAUACUUGGUUGGCCAUCACAUCCCCAAACAAAUGAGAUAAAGGAAUCAAAAGAAGCAGUAUUUUUACAUUCUAAUGAUUUAAUGUGUGAUGCGUUGGAUUACAGACCAAGUAUAAAUUCUGUGUGGAGCAGUGGUGUCAAUGCACCCUUACAAACGCAGUCUUCAAUUCCUAUGACAUGCGCCAAUACUGCAAAUGCAAAUAAUAAUUCAACAAAUUCCUUUCCUUCGCCAUUCAUACAAUCAUCUUAUCCGUAUAGCCAAAACACAUCAUCUCAGUCAUCAUCCCGUCACUCAUCUUUUACAAACCAUUUCUCUCCUUCACAUCUAAAUCAAAUGUUAGCGCCAGGUUUGAUGUUCUCACAUUUGCCAACGUCAACAACGAACUCAACGAGUUUAUACACAUCAAAUUCAAAUGAUGCAUUUAACAAUUUAAGUGUUAGUCCGCCACCCGGAAUAACGACAAAUCGUUUAAAAGAAUCAACACCAAUCAGUAGAGAACAUAUGCAUCUUAAAACAGUUCAACAACAACAACAACAACAACAACAACAACAACACGUUUUUCCAAGUAUAUUGUGGCCAAUGCAACAACAUCAAACACUCAACAUAAGUAUGCAGAAUGGCCAAGAACAACCAGAUUGA